UUUUCCCAUUUCCUUUAUUUUACUGUCUGCACCAACCGUCUCUUUUCCUUCUCAUACCUCCGCCGAUCCAGCUUAGCACUUCGCUCUGUUCUCCCAGCUCUUUUCACCUCCACUUGUCUGUCCACGUCCCACCCGUCUCCCGUGGCGAUGGAGUUCCCCCGGCACAGCCAGCGGCUCCUAGCCAGCCUCCGUACCCAGCGCCUGCAGGGCUUCCUGUGCGACUGCACCGUCCAGGUGGGCUCCACCCGCUUCCUGGCCCACCGCGCCGUCCUGGCCUCCUGCUCGCCGUUCUUCCACAUGUUCUACUCGGAGCAGCCGCUGGGCAAGAGGGAAACGGUGACGAUCAACGGGGACAUUGUGACCCCCCUGGCCUUCGGGCUGCUCCUGGACUUCAUGUACGAGGGCACGCUGAAGCUGGCCGCCCAGCCGCCGCCCGAGGACGUGCUGGCCGCCGCCAGCUUCCUGCACAUGAACGACAUCGUCAAGGUGUGCAAGAAGAGGCUGCAGGGCCGGGGCCUGGCGGAGGCGGACAGCACCAAGGCGGAGGAGGGGUGUGUGACAGUGGGGGCUGCGGGCGGGGUUGGUGGGCUGCCCGUGAGGCUGGGGGAGGAGGAAGGGGGGGAUCGGGUUGAGAAACCAUCAAGGACCGCAAAAUCCGCGCCGGUGUCGGCAGCCCAGUACUCUCACCACAGCCAGUUAAUAUGUCUCAGGUCUGAGAAGAAAGUGUUAGAAACGGGGGAACCUCCCAAUCCCAGCCUCAAUGACCCAGACAAAUUAAGUGGCCCUUCAAGUCCAGACGUUGCUGAUACGACACAGCCUGGCAUGGAUUCUCUUCCUGCAGGAGAUCUGGGAGUGUCUGGGAGGGUGGGAUCGCAGCCUGGCUCCGCUUGUGUAGGAAUACCGUCCAGGCCUGGAAGCCAAGGAGAGUCUCUGCUUGCUAGUCCUUGCAGCUCCACUGAAAUUUACUCCAGCAAUCAUCCCUCUUCAUCCUCCUCCCUCCUUCCGCAUUCAUUCCCAAACUCGGAAGUACAAACCAACGCGUCCACCGAUCUCACGGUCACAAUUGUAAACGACGGCAGUGGUAUCAGUCCAGAGCAGGCUGGUGUGUUAGCUUCUGAUGAGGAUUCACCAGUGUUGGAGCAAAGGACUGGUCUGCCAGCCCAGGAGACGCCGCCCAUCCUGGGUCCCGAUUCGCCACCGACACCACGGCCAAACACUCCUUUCUCCCUGGCUGCCCCCCUCAACUCUCACAUCCAGGCUCAGAGUGAGGGGCGGGAACUGGGCGGAGAACGAGCGGAAAAGCAUCCGAGAGCGGACACGGAGCCUCACGUUUUGAUGGUGGAAUUCAGAGACGGGAGAGAAGAUGAGGAGGAUGGGGUGAAGGUGAAGGUGGAGGCCAUCGUCAUUUCCGACGAGGAGCUGGACGACAUGGAAGGGAUGUUGGUCGGGGAAAGGGUACGACGGAGAGGCACCGAAGGAGAGAAAGGGGAUGAGUUCGACGACGAUCACCAGGACGGUGACUUGAGCAAUCAUCAUUUCCUGCCCCACCACCCCCUCCUACACCUCUCUCAUCACCACGAGGCCCUCACCUUCCCCCUCUCCCCCCAGGGCCCAGCCACCUCUGACUCCUCACCUUUCCCCUCCACCCUCUUCUCGUCCGGGCACCACCAGCACCCCUCCCAGUCGUCCGAUCCGCAGGCGAUGUACUUCCAGGACUUCCAGGAUUCCCUGGGCACCUACGUGGAGGACGUGCCCACCUGUGCCACGUGUGGGAAGACCUUCUCCUGCACCUACACCCUGCGGCGCCACGCCAUCGUGCACACGCGCGAGCGCCCUUUCGAGUGCCGCUACUGCUAUCGCAGCUACACCCAGUCCGGCGACCUUUACCGCCACAUACGCAAAGCCCACGACCAUAGCCUGCCUGCAAAGCGCAGCAAAGUGGACAGUGAGCUGCACCCGCAGCUAGCCCCACAGCUAGCCCCACAACCGCCCCUACAGCCACCGACACAGCCACCCGCACAGCCAUAGGAAAAGUGCUGUGAGGGGUGACAUGACUAGAUGGACAGGAAGGAAGCAAGGAAGCCAGACACUUGAAAUGUUGUGAUGUGUAAAUGCAACAUAGCAUUCAUUUUAGGUACUAAAAUGUGUUUUAUCUUUACAAACUAAAAUAUUUCUGUUGGGGAGGGGGGGAAUAAGUAUUUCAGUACUGCUUUGGAGCAGGUAUUGGGACUUCAGUCACAAGGAUCAUGUUGGUAACAAUACAAAGUGUGACUAAUCUUGAAUUGGGGUAUAUUUCACAAGAAAUGCAACAUGCAAACUAACUAUGAGCUAAUGAGCUAAAUAGGUGCAAUGAUUUUGUCUCUGCGCUUCUGGAGGAGAGACAAAAUUAUUCCUAAAUGAAUCUCAAUUUCAUUCUACGGAUGCAUCUUACAAAAUGCAUGCAUUGAGCUUGCCAGCAAUAAACCGAAUUACCCCAAACUGACAAUUAUAAAGUAAUGUAAUUUUCAGCAACAAUGGUUCAUAUCUAUACAAAAUUUCCAUACAAGAAAAAUGUAAUAUUUGUUCAUUACAUGAAGUUCUGACAUAGUCAUUAGAACAAGUAAAGAAAUUAUGAUGAGAUAAUUUAGAGUAGCUAUAAGGGGAAAUAUUCAUUCUCUUAUUUGGAAUGGUUGAAGGGACUCAAACUCUGAUACUUGCAGAGAAAUCUUUUUUUAAUCUAAGGGCCUAUUUGCAAGUAUAGCGGUAAUGAGAAGUCCAUUGACCAUUCUAGUUUUUGUUUCUGCUGUGCACCUGUGACGAGGUGUUUCUUCAGGUGUGCAUUUUUUCAUAUUUAUUUUUUUUAAGCAAACGUUUUAAGUGUGGAAGCUGAAUCAUUGGAGCCUAAAACUUUUAAGUCCAAGACUCAACUGAGGAUAAACUUGGGACUGCGUUUACUGUGCCAAAAUGAAUUCCACUAUGCAUGCAGUUACUGAUUAAUUCCACAUAUAGAAAAAGAAAGGGAAAGAAACCGAUCUGGCUACAAGCUAUUUUAUUUCUCUUCUUCCUGCAAACGCCACAAAUGCCAGUUACAAAGGGAAGGUAGAUUUGUAGUAAUUUGAGAAUUUGUUGCACAUUUGUUUGUAAAUUCUACGCACAAGCCUCGUGACACGUUUUCAAAAAUGAUUUGCUAUCUGAGUGAAAAUGGUCGCAUACUUUCAUGAAACAAGCCCCAGUUUGGACUGAUGCACAGUACUGUGACAUCAUUUGCAGACUUGUUAAAUAUUUCUGUCAUUUGCAUUUGUACAUGAUGCAUAUAUCUGUAAAGGUUCUCAAGUGGGAGGCUUUAAUGGAGCCUGAACAGGUGUGAUGUUCUUUGCUGUUAAAACAGGUGUGUAUAGUACUUUUAUCUUACAUGUUUAUACUGAUUUUUCUAUUUUGGUUUUCAUCAAUGAAAAUACAGUAAUAAGUAUGAAAAGUGUUA